AUUGAGGAGGCAGAACAUUGGUAUUUGGGAGAUUGAAUAAAUCAGGAAAGAGAGUAUUGUUUCCUAACCAUCCAUUGUCACCAUUGAUUUCCCUAUUGUUCUGGUAGGAUGCCUCAGGCCUGGACGGUCACGGCCCCACCAUAGCUCUCAAUUCAUUCAUUCAUUUCUCAUUCUAAAUCCAUUAAAGAGGCUCACUACAAUCCUCAUGUCGCACGCACUAAAACUGCUCAAAAACUAAUUACAUUACAGUCGACUGCAUGGUAUUCUACUUGAAUAAUUAAAGCAGUUGAUGUGCGCGGUGUGAUCGGGUUGUCUUGGUAUAUCUUCGUUGAACUUUCUUAAGCCGAUCGCAACACCAACAGCAUCGGUUGAUAUUACCAUCUAUUGUACCCCUAAAUAUACCGGAGAAAGUGCAUUCCCUCGAAAUGUCUGGAAAAUAUUCAACAGACCCGGUAUGGGCCUCCGUCGAACCGAUCCCGCUCAAUGAUGGCUCGGAAACUGGGGCUAUUCCCUUAGCAACUAUUGCCUAUGCAGCUGAAUACCUUGAGGCUACUUCAUAUUUACGAGCAGUAAUGGCUGCCAAUGAAAUGUCCGACAGGGCACUGAAACUGACUGACGAUGUAAUCGCCAUGAACCCGGCCCAUUACACUGUCUGGAUCUACCGUGUUAAAAUUCUUUUUGCCCUAAAGAAGAAUCUCACCGAAGAAUUCGAAUGGCUGAACAAAAUGUCUCUGAAGUAUCUUAAGAACUACCAAAUAUGGCACCACCGCCAGGUCCUCAUGUCCUCUAGGGAAAACUUCCCAACACUCCCAUCCGGGGAGCUCGACUUCCUCAUGGAGAUGUUCAAGCAAGAUGCCAAAAACUACCACGUCUGGACCUACCGCCAUUGGUUAGUUCGACAUUUUAGACUCUGGGACGAGCCCCGAGAGAUCCAGGAUGUCGAUUUCCUCCUAGCACAAGACUUGAGGAAUAAUUCCGCCUGGAACCAUCGUUUCAUGCUCCGCUUCGGCCCACGCAGCGACGAGCCAGAUGGUGGUAUGCCGAAUAGUACCGCGCCUCCACCCGAGAAGGGCAGGUUGGCCGUGGUCGACGAGGACCUUGUCGACGCUGAGCUGGAGUAUGCCAAGGCCAAACUUAUUCGUGCUCCUGAAAAUCGCAGCCCGUGGGCAUAUGCCCGUGGUGUAUUGCGGGCGGCUGGCCGGCCCCUCUCCGAGUGGAAGGAGUUUGUUAAGAAGUUCGUCCUGGAGGAGUCUGAGAACGACAAGGUGGUAGAUGUUGAGGUCAAGAGUAGCCAUGCUGUAGAAUGGCUGGCGGAUGUGUACGCGGAAGAGGGCGAAUCAACCACAGCCGAGGCCGUGCGAAUGUUUACCCUACUGAAGGACAAGUAUGAUCCCAUCCGGAAGAAUUACUGGGAUUAUCGAAUUCGUAUGAUUGCUCCAACGCAGAUUUCCGCUUCGGCAUGAAGCGUCAUGUAAAUAGGGUUUAAUUUGAUCUCUUGCCUCUUCCUUUUUUCUUUUCUUUUUUCUGGGGAUCAAUUGCAAACUACGGGGGUUAAUGUAUGCUCAAGAGAAUUGUAGAUAUCAU